AUGACUUCUAAACUUAUCAACCAUUUUGUUGGAAAGGAAUUACAACAUGCUUUUGGAGCGGAAGACCCCUAUUAUUUUAUAGUAGAAGAAACUGACACAAAGGGCAAAGUCACAAGCAAAAAGGUCAAGAAGGAAAUUCCGAAAGGAUUGUCCAAUAACGACAUCAAUGUUCUAAAAGCUGUGAAACGCAGAGCAUACUAUUAUGAACUUGUAUUCAACCUUUGUGGGUUUAACUGUGGUAUUACUGUCUUGAUUGGCCUUAUCCCAUUCAUUGGAUGGGCCAUUAAUCUUUAUUUGGGUCUUCAGACGAUAAACAAAUGUGAAAAGAUUGAUGGGGGUUUACCAAACUGGGAAAGAUCAAAAAUGAUGGCCAAUUUAGUUGCUGAUGCCGGACUUGGUUUUGUCCCUGUUGCUGGUGACCUAGCAGCUGCGGUAUAUAAAUCGAACACACGGAAUUCAGCCCUGUUGGAAAAGUUCUUGAAGAAAAGGGGUCUUGAAAACCUGCAAAAAAACGGACAAUCUACGACAUCGGAAAAGCAUCACUGGCUUGGGGGUGGAGCUAACAAAGCUCAAGUGCCCGCUUCUCAGAACGCAACUGUAACUGCACCAAAUGCUGUACAUACAGCUUCAGCUGAAAUGGUCCAUGCUCGGCCAGCUCAGGUGGAACCUGGCCAUCUCUAA